GCCAAAUGGACAAAAGGUGCUUAGCAAUCGUAGGGGCAAUACAUUAACCCCACUACAACAAAAAGUAACAAUUGAAAAAUAAUAACAACAAGAACAGUAGCUCUAGAAAAGCAUUUAUUGCAACAAGCGCCGCCAAACGCAUAUGUUUGCUGCUUGCGAUCAUUUCGAAGUCAGUCUUCUUAACGAUUUCCAGCGUUACGGUUUGAAAUUUUUGAAAGCUUUGCGCUCCGAAACAUUUAGUUGUGAUCACGAUUACGCGUUCAUUGAUUCUAAGUAUUUUAAAGCUGCAUCAUCACACCUCUGAGUCGCUGCUGGCCUGUUCGUUGUUUAUAUCAAAACAAAUAAAGCGCCAAUUCAUCACUCGACAUACAUAAAGCGAAAACACAAAACAAAAAGUGAAAUUUCGGAAUUUAAACGUCUAACACUCACCCAAGCGCAUUACCAACCAGCUCUCAACUGUCAGCUAUAACCAACUACUAAGCACUAGUCAAGCUUCCAUUUCAACUCGCAUAUCCUUAAAAACAAUCAUUUUUACAAAUGUGGCCCGAAAAUGUUGGCAUACGCGCCAUUGAGGCGAUCUUCCCAUCCCAGUUUGUGGACCAAACGGAAUUGGAACAAUUUGAUGGCGCCUCAGCGGGUAAAUACACCAUCGGUUUGGGACAAGGAAAAAUGGGUUUCUGCUCGGAUCGUGAAGAUGUGAAUUCACUGUGCCUCACUGUGGUCAGCCGCCUGCUGGAACGCUAUCAAAUCAAACCACAAGAAAUAGGACGUUUGGAGGUCGGCACCGAAACCAUUAUUGACAAAUCGAAAUCCGUUAAAUCGGUGCUAAUGCAGCUAUUUGCCGAUUCGGGCAACACAGAUAUCGAGGGCAUCGAUACAACGAACGCAUGCUACGGCGGCACAGCGGCACUCUUCAACUCAAUCAACUGGAUAGAGUCGUCCAGCUGGGAUGGUCGUUACGCACUGGCCGUUUGUGCUGAUAUUGCCGUGUACGCGAAGGGUGCAGCACGUCCCACAGGUGGCGCUGGCGCCAUUGCUAUGUUGGUGGGACCGAAUGCGCCGCUCGUCUUCGAACGUGGUCUGCGCGCCACACACAUGGAACAUGCCUACGACUUCUAUAAGCCCGACUUGAGCUCGGAGUAUCCCACAGUUGAUGGUAAAUUAUCGAUACAGUGUUAUCUCUCCGCGCUGGACACAUGCUAUCAGUUGUACUGUAAGAAGUUUGCGAAAAAGUAUCCGCAAGAGGCUGAAUUUACUUUGGAUAACUUCGAAGCGCUGCUCUUCCACACGCCCUUCUGCAAGUUGGUGCAAAAGUCAGUGGCGCGCGUCGUCUUCAAUGAUUUCCUACAAUGCAGCAUUGAGAAGCGUGCGCUGAAAUAUCCCGGCUUGGAGCGCUUCAACGAAUGCACGCUGGCACAAACCUACUUCGAUCGCGAUGUGGAAAAGGCCUUCAUGACACAAUUUGCAGACGUCUUCGAAGCGAAAACACGCCAAUCAUUGCUGCUCGCCAAUCAGGUGGGCAACAUGUACACACCGUCGGUGUACUCUGGUCUCGUCUCAUUGCUCAUCAAUACGCCAACGGAGCGUCUGAUUGGCAAACGCAUUGGCCUUUUCUCGUAUGGCUCCGGUUUGGCGGCCACAAUGUACUCAAUGCAAGUGACCAAGGAUACUGCCGCUUUCAAGCAGCUCGUAUCUAAAUUGGAUUAUGUUUUACCGAUGCUAAAUUCGCGCGAAAAAGUCGCACCCGAACUGUUCUCCCAACUGAUGGAGGUGCGCGAGAAGAACAAUCAUGCGGCGCCAUACACGCCGACCGGCAGCGUAAGCGCGCUCUUCCCCGGCACCUACUACCUACAGUCCGUGGACGACAUGCAUCGGCGCACAUACGAACGCAAGCCGACCAUUGCGAAUGGCGUGCAUUAAUAGUAGCUGUUCAAGGAUGUGGUCGUCGGCGUGUUGGCGCACCGACAGUGGUGGCGGUGUAGUCUACGUAAACGGCGUCUCGGCGGUUAGAGCAGCGGCUGCAUGCGUUGGUCUAACAGUGCAUGUUGGUUGAGGGAAUUUAGGGCGCCAUACGCAGUGCUUUAACUUAGUUUUAGUUAAGGUAGGUGUGUGUGUAAGACAAUUUGUUGAAAAUUAAUAACUGAAAGUACUUAAUUUUUUUAUAGAAAAUAAUUACACAAACACACAGGCAACAUGUGGUGCGCAAUUGCAGUUAAAAACGUAUUUGCUUUUAUUUAAUUAAACUACAAACAACACUUGACAAUAAUAAUUCAUUUAAAAUAAUGUUGCAUAUACUAUACUAGGUAGCUAAAAUUCAAAUUAGUACAUAUAUAUGCAUGUAUGUAUGCAGGUACAUAAGCAAUAAAUGAUUGCACUAACUAAAUAAACCGUUAAGUAGAAUGGCUUACUACAAGUGAAUUUUCCACACAAAAGGAAUAAAAACCCAUAAAGGCCGAGUUAUGGUUCGGCGCACCCGUAAACACGUGAAGGCAAUGCGAGCGCGCGGCUGGGCAGCAGCGACUUAUGCGCUUGUGCGUGCGCAACUCUACCUUGUACCUUAUUGCUUGAUUGCAAAUGUAAUUUGCUUUGUUAUUUACUGUUAUAUGCACACCAAAACGCAACUUAAAUAGAAAACAUAUGAAAAAUUCAGCAAAAUUAACGCUAUUAUGUAGUUAGUUCUUAGUUCAGCGCACUCUUGAAGAAAAAAAAUUGUUUUAAAAUUUAUGAAAAACGAAAAUCCAAAAACAUAUAGAUAUUUAUAUCUACAUAUAACUAAUUUUCACAUUUGCUUACGCUUAAGAACGCGCGAAAACGUCUUAUGUCAAGCGACCAAGUAGCUUUACAUGUUCAUAAGUAUAUGUAUGUAUAAAUGGAAAUGUGAAUAUAUAAAUUUAUAUAGCUUUAGGUUAAGACAAAAUAAAGGCAAACCUCACCCCAAGAAAACAAAAACAAAAUAAAUACAAAAAACCGUAUUCCUCAACUUAUUGCUGUCGGUUGCGGUAGUUAGUAGAAUCAUAUUUACUUAUGUACAUGUGUGUGUGUGAAACUCCCAAAACAUAUUUUUGCUACCCGUAGAUAUUUAAUUUACGUGACAUUCGCAAGUGCAGCGGAUUCCAGGGCAAUAAUCAGCCGUAUGCCCAGAGGGACAUAAAUCAACUUUGGAAAUUUUAUACCAGUUUUUAUAUAAAUAUAUAAAUUAUACGAUAAGAUUAAUACAAAUUCGUCUACGACGCGACGGCUAAUCUAUCUAAAUAAACUUUAAAGAUAUUAAAACAACAACAACGCUCUCAACUAAUAUGUAUAGAAAA